CCAUGCCUGAGGUUUGUGCACAUCGUGUCGCCUGCCGAGACAAUACAGCACAGAACCGUACGGGGUUGAGCGAGCAGCACGUUCCCCAAUUUUUCCGUCCCGUCCGUUGGGUGCGUUGGGCCAGAGUUCCUCUUCCAUCAACACCGCAGAGGAGGGAGGAGGAGGAGAAGAAGAGCUCUAAUCCCAGAGUUCUCCAGCUGUGUAUCUAGGCUGAGUAGUGUACCACCGGAGUCAAGUCACCGGAGGAUCUCCAAAGUCUUGAAGUGUGUGUGUGUACUCGCAGUGCAGUCCGCGCAGUUCCGUACCGGUGACGGGACGCAACAGAUGCCCGUAGGCGACCGGAAACACACACACGCAGCAGUUGACGCCGGGUGGCACGCAAUUAUGUAACAUCAGACAUCCGGGAGUAGAGCCUCGGGGACUCGUAACGGUCGGCGAACGACGCCAUCUUCCACAGCAGCUGCCACAACAAUGGAAGCGUUCAUCAACGAGAUGGUGGAGCCGCGCGUCUUCGAUCUGAUCGUGCUGAUACUGCCCAAGUGGCGAUUGCUGCUGUACAUCCUUCUAAUGAAUAUAGUGCUCUUUACCCCGGUGUACGUGUUCGGCGCGCUGGUAAGCAACGACCCACAGCUGAACCUCAUCUGUCCGCCCGUGCUGCUGAUCGGCUGCAAUCUACUGCACCGGGCCCUGUUUCGCUUCAGCAACGAGCGCAACACCCGCCAGCUACUGCUUGGGGUCGCCAUCCUCUGUCUCGGAAUCUCAGCGAGCGGGCUCGUUGCGCUGCUGUGUGCCACCCCGCACUAUCUACUGCUGGCCCUGCUGUACAGCGUCGUCGGAGGCUUCGGCUACCAGCUGGUCUUUUCCCGCAUGUGGAAGGUGCUGGCCAAGAUCUUUAGCGCCCGCAAGGAGAUGUUCGUGAUCAAGUUUCUGCACUCGUGCGGGCAGGCCUCGAGCAUGCUGCUGCUCCUGGUCUGCGUGCAGCUGCCCUGGGAUGGGUACAUCUACGGCGCGCUGCUGCUACUGCUGGCCGGCAUAGUGCUGCACCUGCUGCCCCUGACAAUGCUAAUCGCGGGCGAGAAGGGUCGGCUGCGCAGCGACCUGGACGCGCUCGUCUGUCUCACCGAGAAGGGCAACGAGUCGUACUACGCGCACGUCGCGACCCGUGCCGUGCCGCCCGAGCCCAAGCAGGAGCCGUGCGCACCGGGCGGAACGCAGCCGAACGACCCGGAGCCGGCCCGGAGCGUCACCACCAGCCUGACGUGGAAGAAUCCGGCCAACUUCAGCGCUCCCCUGCGGGAGGAAGCGAAACGGGAACCACCAGCGUUCCUGACGAACCCAACGCUCGACUACAGCGGUGAGUAUGGGGAGUGCGAGGAGUCGCUGCUGUACCGACGGGAAGGCAAGUGCUACAAUCAAGACGGCGUCGAGAUCCUGGAGAUGAUACUGGAGGAGGACGAACCGGUCGGCGAGCUGCCGGACACGGCGACCGGAGCGCACCCACCGCACGAGACUGACAGCGAUGCCGGCACGCACUCCACUGCCGAUGCAGCGGACGGGAAGUGGCGCUGGUUCGGCCAGCUGUGCGAUCUGCUGCGCGCACUCGAUCCUGGCUGCCGGCCCACCCUCAAUCUGCGGCUGGUGGCGUCCACCCGGAGCGCGCUCGGCGAUCUGCGGUGCUGCAGCUGCGCCCUGCUCAAAGCGACCGACACCAGCAUACUGGUGCUGUUCCUCUGCAUCCUGCCCCGGCUGAGCGUGCACCACUACCAGCAGCAGGCCCGGGCCCGCCACAUGACCCUGCUGGCGGUGGUCGUGAUCUCAUCGGCGUGGGCCGGCGCCUCCCUGCUGCUGCUCUGCUGCGAGCUCCGGUUUCGCAAGCUGCACGGCCGGCUGCUCGUGUUCGGCCUGUUCUUCCAGUCGUUCGGGUACUUCUGCGUGUACACCACCAAGUCCAACUUCUGGAUCUUCGUCGGCUGCAUGCUGGUUGGGGUCGGGCACUCGAUCACCUGCGCGUACCAGGAGGCGGUCAUCAAGCGGCAGCUCGGCCAGCACCGGUGGGCCACGGCCAAGGCCGGCAUCGGGCUGCUCGCCGGGGUGACCAUCAUUCUGCUGGCCGCGUUCGCCAACCUCUACUACGUGUACGGGCCGGUCGAUCAGCUGCUGCUGGCGCUGCUGCUCAUCUACAGUGCUGCCGGCGCCCUCUGGAUUGCCUGCAGCUGUCGGAUAUUCUUCAUCUAGCUGAUGUCGGUCCGCUGUCCGACUCGGGCAUGCGCAGAAUUAAAGCAACCGAAAUAUACUACAAUCAACUCCUCCAAA